UGGCGUUCUUUGCGCCGUAUGCUUUGUAAAGUCCACCUCACUCUCUCUUUCUCUCUCUAGAAAAAAUACUUUCUCUCUCUAGAAGAACACUUUCUCUCUCUUCAUAUUUUUUUUCUCACUACCAAAGACAAAGCACCAGUGGACACACUACAUCUUUACACUCAACAAACUUCAUUUUUUAAGCUUUUGUUUAUACUUAAAUAUAAAAAAACCUUUGCCUUCUCCAAGUUAUUCUCUUCACUACCCCACAUUCUAUUUUCUCUCUCCUCCAAAAUCUUCCAUUUUGGCCCUUCUCUACUAAGAUCUCUGCAGUAGUAUUUUUUUUUUUUUUUUGGUUUUGCCUCAUUGUUCUUCUUUCUUGUUUGUUUUCCUUUAAUUAGAAGAAAUACCCACAAAAAUUUAGUGAGAAAUUUUGUACCUUUGUUUGGUUAUUGUGUUAUUCACCAAUACUCUCAUCUCACUCACAUUUCCUUCUUUAUUUCUGUUUUCUGCUUGAAAACUGUGAGUGCCUUUAAACUUUGGGGAAUACCCAUAAAGUUGAAGCAUGUAUUCUUCUAAUUGGGUGCAUUUGCUUGCUCUUUGAGCUAACUUAGCUUGCUUUUUUUUGGCAUUUUAAUCCAAAAAGAUUGAAUCUUUACCCAAAAUUUGUUAGGAAAAAAAAAAAUGCUUGUGAAAUUUCCCUUCUUUGUUGUUCUUCUGUUAAUAAUACCCUCUGUUGUGCUGUGUUUGGAUGCUUUCAAUGAUGAUGUUCUUGGGUUAAUAGUGUUUAAGGCAGGUGUUAAAGACCCAGAUGCCAAAUUAGUGUCUUGGAAUGAGAGUGAUGAUAAACCUUGCAAAUGGAAUGGUGUCAAAUGUGAUCCAACUACUAACAGGGUUACUGAGAUUACUCUUGAUGGUUUUUCACUUUCUGGGCAGAUUAGUAGAAGUCUUCUGAGGUUGCAAUUUCUUCAAAAAAUAUCACUUUCUAACAAUAAUCUUUCUGGGACUGUAAACCCUGAAUUUGCCCACCUUUGGAACUUGCAAUCUAUUGAUUUAAGUGGAAAUAAUCUAUCUGGGUUUAUUCCUAAUGAGCUUUUUCAACAAUGUGGGUCUCUAAAAUCAGUUUCUUUUGCCAAUAAUGUGUUAUCUGGUGAAUUACCAGAUUCUUUGAGCUCCUGUAUGACAUUACAGUCUGUUAACUUCUCCUCGAAUCGAAUUUCGGGUAAGUUGCCUAAAAAGAUUUGGUCUUUGAAUGGUCUUCAAUCUCUUGAUUUGUCAAAUAAUCUGUUGGGAGGUCAGAUUCCUCUAGGGUUUGGGGAAAUGUACAGUUUGAAAGUGAUCAGUCUAGGAAAGAAUGCAUUUUCUGGGCUUUUACCAGAAGAUAUUGGUAGCUGUUUACAGUUACAGUCAGUAAAUUUUGGUGAAAACUCAUUUUCUGGGGUAAUUCCAGAAUCAUUACAAAAGCUUAAUAUGUGUACUUCAGUAAUCUUAAAUGGGAAUUUACUCAGUGGCGAAGUUCCUGAUUGGUUUGGGCAUAUGGAAAGCCUUGAAAAUUUGGAUCUUUCAGUGAAUAAAUUUUUUGGAAGGAUUCCAUUUACUUUAGGAAAUAUGAGAUCAUUGAAGGAAUUGAAUUUAUCUUCCAAUGGAAUUACAGGUGGAUUACCUCAAUCUUUGAUGAACUGUGAUAACCUUUUGUCUCUUGAUGUUAGCUUCAACUUAUUAAAAGGGAAAAUGCCAAACUGGAUUUUUGAGUUGGGUUUGCAGAAAUUCUCAUUGUCUGGCAAUAAAUUCAAAGGCAUUAUUGAUUUUCCUCCUUUAAGAACAAAUGCACUUUCUUAUGAGAGACUUCAGUUCUUGGACUUAUCUUCAAAUGUGUUAUCUGGUGUUGUUCCAUCUGAGAUUGGGGCUUUCAGAGGCUUGCAACUCUUGAAUAUGUCAAGCAACUCGUUCACAGGUUCGAUUCCAAGAAGUGUGGGUGACUUGAAUUUGGCUCAAGUUAUUGAUCUGAGUUACAAUAUGUUUAAUGAAAGCAUUCCUUCGGAAAUCGGAGGCGCACUCGCAUUGAGAGAGCUAAGGCUUGAAGGAAACCGGUUAUCUGGGCAUAUCCCAGCUCAGAUUGAAAACUGCUCAUUCUUGACAGCAUUAAUCCUUUCAGAGAACAAUCUCACAGGCCCUAUACCUCCUACAAUAGCAAAACUGGUUAACCUUGAAAUUGCUGAUUUGUCGCAUAACAAUCUCUCUGGUAAUUUACCAAAGGAACUCACCGGUCUUUCCCACUUAGCUGCCUUUAACAUCUCGAACAACAACCUUGAAGGGGAACUUCCCGCGGGUGGUUUCUUUGAUAAUAUUCCUCUCACAUCUGUCUUUAACAAUCCAUCCCUAUGUGGAUCAGUUGUUAAUCAGUCUUGUCCUGCAGUGCACCCUAAGCCCAUUGUUCUCAACCCAAACCCGUCAACUGAUUCUGAAGAUGACUCCUUCCCUCCAAAUACCCGUCACAAGAAGCUCGUGCUUAGCGUUUCUGCUCUAAUAGCCAUUGGUGCUGCUGCAUUCAUCUUCCUUGGUGUGGUGAUAAUUUCUCUCCUCAACCUCCAUGUUAGGAACUCUUCUCACAGAUCAGCAGCCCCCCUAGAAUUCUUUGGCAAGGAUGAGUUCAGCCAUUCUCAAACAAGUGAUUCUCAAUAUGGAAAACUUGUUAUGUUCUCUGGUGAAGCUGAUUUUGGAACUGGGGCUCAUGCUCUCCUCAACAAGGACUCUGAGCUAGGUCGUGGUGGGUUUGGAGUGGUUUACCAUACGGUUCUUGGAGAUGGGCGCUCAGUUGCAAUCAAGAAGCUCAACAUCUCAAGCUUAAUAAAGUCUCAAGAAGAGUUCGAGAGGGAGAUGAAGAAGCUCGGAAAAGUUAGGCACCAUAAUCUUGUGACUUUAGAAGGGUAUUACUGGACCCCGUCUUUGCAACUCUUGAUCAAUGAAUAUGUUCCAGGCGGAAGUUUGUUUAAACACCUCCAUGAAGAACCCAGUAGAACUCCCCUCUCCUGGCACCAGAGGUUCAAUAUAAUUGUUGGGGUGGCAAAGGGUUUAGCUCAUUUGCAUCAAAUUGAUAUAAUUCACUAUAACCUUAAAUCCUCAAAUAUUUUGAUUGACUCCUCUGAUGAAGCUAAGGUUGGAGACUUUGGGUUAGCGAGGUUGUUGCCUAUGCUAGACCGUUACAUCUUGAGCAGUAAGAUUCAGAGUGCACUUGGGUACAUGGCACCUGAAUUUGCCUGCAAAACCGUCAAGAUAACAGAAAAGUGUGAUGUUUAUGGUUUUGGAAUAUUAGUACUUGAAGUUGUGACAGGAAGAAAGCCUGUCGAAUACAUGGAGGAUGAUGUUGUCGUGCUUGCUGAGAUGGUUAGAGGAGCACUCGAGGAAGGCAAGUCAGAGGAUUGUAUCGAUCAGAGACUUCAUGGGAAUUUUAUUGCAGAGGAGGUUAUUCCAGUGAUAAAGCUCGGUUUGAUAUGCGCGUCUCAAGUUCCAUCAAAUCGACCUGAAAUGGCAGAAGUGGUUAAUAUUUUGGAGCUCAUCCAAUGUCCUUCUGAAGGGCGAGACGAGGAGAUCGAACAGGUUUAGUUUAGUUGUAUACCACAUUAAAAGGCAUGUAAAUGAUGGCGCUUUCAAGUGACAAAAGAUCGAAUUAGUUAUGUUUUGGUUUGUGAAGCAACAGGAAGAAGAGGGUACAUAGAAAAAAAAUGUCAUUUCCCUUUCAACAUCUUUUUCUGUCAAAUUUUUUGGCAUAUUUGUUUGUUGUAAUUUUUUUUGGGUGUGUUUGGCACCACAUAUAGCGAGCUGUUUUAUUUUUUUUGA